AUGAACGCGAGUAUGCAGACAGUUAGAUCUAAAGGAUCCUUCGAGUAUACUUUAUUCGAAGUUUCGAAACUGAACGGUGAAGUUUACAGCCCGCCGUUCGCCACUUCAGAUGAGAUGUUUUGGCAAUUGAAAUUCGUACCGUCUUAUAAAGAGGACCCCGAUUUUUUUUCAUUGUUUCUUUGCGCUAUACCCAAUGGCGAGGAAGAGCAUUUAACGACAUCAUGGUCACGAAGAAGUCAAGUGUCGGCCACGUUGUAUCUUCGAACUCCUUUGCUCCAAUACCAAUCUGAUACUCCUUAUGUCAAAACUUUUAGUAUAGGGAUGGAUAAUUUUUGUUCGAAAUGGGCUGGUUAUGGUUUAAAUAGAUUUUAUAAAAAAAGUUUAUUACCAGACGAGUUUACACUUGGUGUUGAUUUCGAUAAAACGAUAUUUCGACCUUUAGCACAAGCUGGACCUCUUCCUGUAAUCCCGAUUCCUGAUAAUUUGACUGAUGCCUGGACCACACAAUUAAACAAAAAAUUAUUCCAACAAAAAUGGUCGGAAUAUCAAAAAAAGUCAUUGAAAUCUGAACCAACGGUUGCGCAUGGAAACAUCGUUUCUUCAGAAAGCAGUAAUUUCGGUGUAUUUAAUAAACCUUCAUCAUCUACGGAAUUAUUGAAUCAACAGAUUCAAGUCGGAAUUAUUAAUAACAGUAUUGCAAACACAACAACCACGCUUAUUAAAACCAGCACAUCAACAAAUAGUAAUAGCAGCAGUACCAUUAAUGUUCUAUCAUCAUCAUUAAAAUAUUCUAUCGAAGUGACCGAUUUCCAUCACAUCACAUUUCUCGAAAUGCUUCGAUUUCUAUAUACCGACCGAGUGCUCUUCGACAAACGAGAAGCAUCUCACAAAACUGCACUUGCUUUAUUUAGCAUUGCCGAUAAAUACCUAGUCACCGAUUUACGACAACGUGCAAAAGCAAAAUUAUGCCGAGAUUUGAAUGAUAACAAUGCAGCCGAACUAUUAUUUGGAGUAGCAUGGAAAUGGCCUGACAUUAAAGAUCACGCGAUCAAAUACGUGGCUGAGAAUUUUACGCGCGUUCGAAAGUCAGAAGGUUUCGAACGUAUUAAUGCAAAUCCAAGUAAUUAUCCACGACUAGGUGAAUUGAUGUUAGAAUUAUUGCCGUAUUUGCUGCCAGAGGAACAGGUAAAGGAAUAG